UAGUUUUUGCAAUGAACCAUCUCAAAUUUCUAGGAUAUAUACAAUAUGGUUUUUACUAAUGGUAUGUGACGUAAAUAAGAUUUAAUUUGUAAUUGUUUUGGCAAAUAAAUUGGGUGGAUUUGUGAAGAAAAUAGUAAAAGAAAGGAACGAAUCUACAUGAUAAAGCAUCUAUGGUGCCGAUAUUUGAAACUUGGAGUUUCAGGUAGUCUCCAUCGUUCCUUUGUCAGGAACAAACCAACGACUCAAAAUUUAACCAGAGAUGGUGGAAGGUGAAGAACAGAGGAGGAUCACACACUUGGAUCUGAGAAACGAGCCCCAGUUUCCAAUGGUUUUCGUUAGAGAAUCGACUUGUUUCGCUAAGGACGAUCUCGCUAUCUUCCCGCCGAUCAACCACGAGAAUCUCUACGUCAACGGACUCGAAUCUCCGUCGGUAUCAUCCUCUUCUUCAUCUUCCUCGUCGAGACUCUCAGAUUCGUCCUUCUCUCCGUCCGAUUCAGACGAACAAUUUCAAUUUAGCCGGAAAUCGCAUUCUCAGCCAUCGGAAGAUGUCGGGAAAUCUCCGUGGAAAUCCGUAAUUGAGAUUGAUAUUAUCCAAGGUUGGUGGAAGAUUCUUCUCGCUCGAGUAAUGUCAAAUUUCCAGAAUUUGGUUACCUGCUUCUCCAGAAAUAGUCUCUGUUCCUUCUCAAAGACUCUCCGGUCAUUUUAUUCGGUUAUGGUCAUAUUCCUUUGGUGGUGGAAGCGUAACCGAACUCGCCGACGACUUGAAAAAGGUGAAAUCAUCGCUGCUCAUCUCAGAGAUACAAUCAAAGAGAGAGACGAGAGAAUAGCUCAACUCUUGCAUCAGAUUACUCAGAUGAACGAGUUACUUGUAAAAAUAACACAUUCCAAUUGAUCACAAUAUUCUUGUCUCUUGUUUUGUAUUCUUCAGAACCCAUAUUUUUCGUAAUAAGAAUCAAUGGGACA